AUGAGCCUCAGAUCCUGCUGGUGUCCUUGCUCAAAGUCUGUCACCCAGCGCAGUCCAUCCCUUGCUGGGAGUGCAGGCCUACUGUGCUGUAAGAGGCUGAAAGGCUUUUCGGUAGUAAGAUGCACAUUCCAAGGGACACCCACGAGGUCCAGAGAGGAAGAUCCAGAAGUGGGCCCAGGGGGCAUGGAUGCCAUGUGCCCCCAGCAGCCCCAGACUCUGUUUUCUUUCUAUUUCUAUUUUGAAAAAAGUAAGUCUCCAGUCCUCCUGGAAAUAAAGUUAAGCAGCAAGAUGUGCAGGUUCCCCUUCUACACACUGUCUGUAAGAAGAGCCAAUCUGGCUGCUUCUGCCUUUCAAGGUUUUUAG